UCGUAAUCCGCUCGAUCGGCCAGCUCCUAGGAUGUAUGCAUGGCUUGCGGCUGGAGAUCACAUCUGUAUGUCUCCGGACUACGCGGUGCACAAUUCUAGCGGUUUAUGGCAUCCUUUGCUGUGUGCUGCUAAUUGAGAUGGCUGACCCUGUACUAGGAUGAUUAUUGGUACGUAUCUGAAUGUUUUAAGGCGGCUAUCGGUCAAAUAUAAACUGUGGGAGCAGGAGCAUGGAGAUCAGUUUGGACUUUGGAGUAGAUCUGUACAAGCAAACUAGAGGGGUAUUUGUGUGAUUGACCAACCAAUAGGUAGUUUCGACUGAUGAAUUGGUGCCUAUUCCAGUUCUCAUGUGUGUAUUUGGGCUUUGGAGAACCCUGACAAGAAAGGUUACUUAGUUUAAUAUCUAAUUUAGGGUGAUAUGAUGUUUGGUUUGCGGGGUUUACAAGUAUUUCCCCUUUCUGUUGAGAUGCACGACUCGCUAAUGGCAAUUUGUCAAGUGCCAAAGGCAAAGUUUCAGAUGGAAAAUAUCAUUGUUGCCCAUUGCUGCUGCUGCAAACCUUUAUUUUUUGUGAUUGGAGAGUGGAUGGUUUCACCUACCAGGACCUCACGCUAGUGCACAUUCACUAGCCAUAAGUCAUUGAGUUCCUGUUUGUAUGGUAGUUUUGUGAAAGAAAAGAAACUGAACCUGACAUUCAUGAUAGCUUGUUUAGGAGCAAUUGGCAUGGCAACUACAACAGCAUGUACUGAUCAUUUUAUUGGUCAUGCUUUGCUUGGGCUAGAAGCUUAAAGUUCAUAUCUAUCUUGUAGGAGGCCACUGAAGGGCAGGAAAAUCGUUAUGGUGAUGAAGAAUCUGAAAUUCCUAAUGGCCCUGACACAUCUUCGUUUCGAGCAUUUCUGAUGUCAUUUAUGUCUGCGUCAAGCUCUAGCAAUGAUUCGAUGGAGAUCAUACCUGAGCAGGAUCUGGAUAUGGAAUACCCAACUUUAACACCCGUUGGGAGGGGAAUCAAGGAAAGGAAGGGGUUGCUUAGUAGAGGCAAGCAUUCCAUUGGAAAGAUUAUUAACAAGGCAGGUAGACUUGGUGGUUUCAGACAAAAAUCCGGCCACAUCAUUGAUAAUGAAAUAGCAAAUCAAAUAGAGUCAAUGUCGUCCGGUUUCGCUCUCAAGGUAUCAAAGGGGUCUGCUUCAAAUCAUAAGUUGCCACCUAUGUCUGAACCAUCGAUGCUUUUAUCAGAAAUGAUGCGAAAUGUUCUUUAUCCAUCUCUUCCUGUUCUUGUUCAAGGAAAGAACUGGAUGCUGGUUUACAGUACCUGGAGGCAUGGGGUAUCUCUAUCUACUCUGUACAGAAGGAGCAUGCUUUGCUCUGGUGAUUCACUUCUGAUAAUUGGGGAUAAAAAGGGAGCAGUUUUUGGUGGUUUGGUAGAGGCCCCUUUGCGGCCGAUCAUGCAAAGGAAGUAUCAGGGGAACAAGAAUUGCUUCGUGUUCACCAAUGUAGCUGGUCGCCCUGUUGUAUAUCGUCAAACAGGUGCUAAUAACUAUUUCACGUUUUGCUCCCCUGAGUAUUUGGCAAUGGGAGGUGGUGGUCACUUUGCACUUUAUCUUGGUGAAGACCUCCUGAAUGGUUCAAGUUCCACCUCAGAAACGUUUAACAACCCAUGCCUGGCACUUUCCCAGGACUUUGAAGUUAAACAUGUUGAGUUGUGGGGCUUCGUCAAUGCUUCCAAGUAUGAUGAGAUGCUCACGGUCUGCCGCACCGAGAAACCUGGAAUUUGGAAUUUGUGACUGUUCACAACUUUUCGGAAUCCUUGAGACUUGAUGCCAGGUGUUAUUCUGAUGGCUUGUACAGUUUUGCAAGUAUAUAGGCCUCGUUAGAGUCUGACUAGAAGUGGUAAAGUAAAAGGUUAUGUAGGAAAACUAGUUGUGAACAGUGAAACAAGAGCGCAACUCUGGAUCUAUGGAGGUGAAAGUGAAACAAGAGCGCAACUCUGGAACUUGAUUGGAGCAACUUCCUGGUCGUGCUUGUAAAUAUUGUAGUGUUCUCAAAUUCUAAGCAUUUAGAUAUGUACCAGUAUACAUCCCCCAUGUUCCGCUUAUCUUACCAAUAAUGCAUUUGAAUCGCCGUGCCAAUAUCA